GCCAUCUCCAAUUAUCUCAUAUCUUACCAUCACCGAGUAUUCCCUUACGAUCCUUUUACACAUAUAUUUCAUUUAGUUUUACUUGUUUAUUCAUUCAUUGGUAUAUCAGUCAAGUCAUUCUAGCUUAAGUAUAUGUUCCCAUAUAUUCUCGCCGUCGCAUGUUGCCUUAAUCCUUGCCUUACAUGUCGCCAAACUAUAUGGCAAUCCGAGGUAUUCGUCCAAAUACAAAUCCUGAAGCACGGCCCUGCGAAACCCGCACCCCGCAGUUGGUGCCUCUCAACCAAAUUCCACCGGUGUGGGCAGACAAGCGCGAGUGGGUGUGAGGCAUUUCUCGAUCUUAUGAUAUAGAAGUCGAUCCCGGCUUCGAAGCCAAGGCAUAUAUAAAUAUAAGUAUAGAUAUAUUAU